CACACACACACACACACACACACCACACAGAAGCAACAAUCAUGAGUGCCAAAGCGAUUCGUGAGGUCGACGGCAAGCGCCUGCUGGCAGAGUUCCUGCCAGCGGACUGCCCCGGAAAGAAGAACAUCGCCAUUGCCGCAUUCGGGCCGGGCGACUCGUGGGAGCGGCUGGCGGAGAACCACCCCUUCCUCACCCAAAAGACACUGGUGGCCAAGCCGGACCAGCUCAUCAAGCGCCGUGGCAAGCUGGGCCUUGUCAAGGUCAAGGUGGACUUUGAGGGCGCCAAGACUUGGGUCAACGAGAAGAUGAACUCCACCCUGCAGAUUGGGUCUGCCACUGGAACUCUCAAGCACUUUGUCCUCGAGCCGUUUGUCGCCCACGAGCAGUCGGACGAGCAUUACUGCUGUAUCUACGCUGGCCGCGACUUCAACACCAUCCUCUUCCACCACGAGGGCGGCGUUGAUAUUGGCGAUGUUGACGCCAAGGCCGCGCGCAUGGAGGUGCAGCUUGACACCAAGCCCACGCCAGACCAGAUCCGGGAGAGCCUCCUCACACACCUCGACGCUUCCCGCCAGCAGGUGGUUGCUGAUUUUCUGAGCCAGCUCUACGCGCUCUUCAUCGACCUUCACUUCACGUACAUGGAGAUCAACCCAAUUGUGGUGAAGGACAACGAGGUGUACAUCCUGGACCUUGCUGCCAAGCUCGACCAGACGGCGGAGUACCUGUGCCACAACAAGUGGGGCGCCAUCACCUUCCCGCCCCCAUUUGGCCGCGACGCUCUACCAGAGGAGGCGUACAUUGCCGAGCUUGACGCGAAGAGUGGCGCGUCACUGAAGCUGACCAUCCUCAACCCGCGCGGCCGCAUCUGGACCAUGGUCGCCGGUGGCGGCGCCUCGGUCGUCUACAGCGACACCAUCUGCGACCUUGGCGGCGCGAGCGAGCUGGCCAACUACGGCGAGUACUCCGGCGCACCAAGCGAGUCGCAGACGUUUGAGUACGCCAAGACCAUCCUGUCUCUCAUGACCAGGGAGGCGCACCCUGACGGCAAGGUGCUGAUUAUUGGCGGUGGCAUUGCCAACUUUACCAACGUGGCGUCCACGUUCAAGGGCAUCAUCCGUGCGCUGGAUGAGUACCACGGCAUCUUGCACGAGCAGAAGGUCAAGAUCUUCGUGCGCCGCGGUGGUCCAAACUUCCAGGAGGGUCUCAAGUGCAUGCGCGACGCCGGCGAGCGGCUUGGCCUGGACAUCCAUGUGUACGGCCCGGAGCUGCACAUGACCUCCAUCGUCGCCAUGGCCCUGGGCCUCAAGAAGCCAGACCCAACCACCCUCGAGGAGAGCUUCAUGACCAACUUGAUGGCGACAACCUCGGACAGCACCACGCCGGCGCAGCAGCCGGCCGUCCACGCCCCACCAAAGUCUGUGCAGGCGGAGCCGACCAAGGGCAGCGACUACAAGCCGCUCUUCACCAACAAGACCCGCGCCCUCUUCUUCGGCAUGCAGCCUCGCGCCUGCCAGGGCAUGCUUGACUUUGACUACUGCUGCAAGCGCGAAAAGGGCUCUGUUGCGGGCAUGAUCUACCCCUUCAGCGGCAACCACUCCCAGAAGUUCUACUGGGGCACGAAGGAAGUCCUCAUCCCCGUCUACCAGAAAAUGGAGGAGGCGAUGGCGAAGAACCCAGAUGUGGACGUGCUUAUCAACUUUGCGUCGCUGCGGUCUGCAUACGACAGCACGCUGGCUGCGCUCCAGUUCCCGCAGAUCAAGGUGAUUGCGAUCAUUGCCGAGGGCAUUCCCGAGCACCUGACCCGCCUUCUCAUCAAGGAGGCGAACGCACGCGGCGUCACCAUCAUCGGGCCUGCCACCGUUGGCGGGAUCAAGCCCGGGUGCUUCAAGAUUGGCAACACGGGCGGCAUGAUUGACAACAUCAUCUCCGCCAAGCUGUACCGCCCGGGCAGCGUCGCGUAUGUGUCGCGUUCUGGCGGCAUGUCCAACGAGCUCAACAACAUCAUCUCCCGCAACUCCAACGGCGUGUACGAGGGCGUUGCCAUUGGCGGCGACCGCUAUCCCGGCUCAACCUUCAUGGACCACCUCCUCCGCUACCAGGAUGAUCCGGAUGCGAAGGUGCUUGUGCUCCUUGGCGAAGUUGGCGGCAUCGAGGAAUACGCCAUCUGCGAGGCGCUCAAGUCGAGCCGCAUCAACAAGCCGCUCAUUGCCUGGUGCAUCGGCACCUGCGCCAAGAUGUUCUCCUCAGACGUGCAGUUUGGCCACGCUGGUGCGAGUGCCCACAGCGACCGCGAGACGGCGCUUGCCAAGAACAAGGCCCUCAGGGAGGCCGGCGCACUCGUCCCAGAGAGCUUUGACACGCUUGGUGAGCUGAUCCACAAGACGUACUCGGAGCUUGUUGCUUCGGGCGUCAUCCUCGUCAAGCCUGAGCCCGCCCCGCCAAAGGUCCCCAUCGACUACAAGUGGGCCGCGGAGCUUGGCCUGAUCCGCAAGUCGGCCAACUUUGUGUCGUCCAUCAGCGACGAGCGCGGAGAGGAGCUGCUGUAUGCGGGCAUGCCCAUCACCGCCGUCUUCAAGGAGAACAUUGGCAUUGGCGGCGUCAUCUCUCUCCUCUGGUUCCAGCGCAGGCUGCCUGACUAUGCGUGCAAGUUCAUCGAGAUGGCGCUGAUGGUGACGGCCGACCACGGUCCUGCCGUGUCUGGCGCUCACAACACCAUCGUUGCAGCUCGCGCCGGCAAGGAUCUUGUGUCGUCCCUCUGCUCUGGUCUCCUCACCAUCGGCGACCGGUUUGGCGGUGCGCUUGAUGGGGCUGCCCGCAUGUUCUCGGAGGCGUACGACGCCGGCCUCAGCCCGCGCGAUUUCGUCGACUCGAUGCGCCGCCAGCACCGCCUCAUCAUGGGCAUUGGCCACAAGGUGAAGAGCCUGACGAACCCUGACAUGCGGGUUGUGAUCAUGAAGGAGUUUGUGCAGGAGCACUUCCCCAAGACGCCCCUUCUCGAUUACGCUCUCGAGGUUGAGAAGAUCACGACUGCCAAGAAGACCAACCUGAUUCUGAACGUGGACGGCGUCAUCGCUGUUGCCUUUGUCGAUCUUCUUCGCGAAUGCGGUGCGUUCACCAUGGAGGAGGCCAACGACUACAUCCAGAUGGGUGGCCUGAAUGCGCUGUUUGUGCUUGGUCGCACCACGGGCUUCAUUGGGCACUACCUUGACCAGCGCCGCCUCAAGCAAGGGCUCUACCGCCACCCGUGGGACGACAUUGCCUACCUCUCCCGCCCCCAGGACGGCAGCCAGUAACUUGCCUGCUGACCGACGCCACUGGGCUCAACUGCACGCAUGGAUGGAUGGAUGGAUGUUCGUGUGCGUGUGUUUGUGUGUCAUGAAUGACAGCGUGUGUGGAUUGUUCCUGUCUUCCUCGUUUUGCACCACUGUUCUGUUUCCACUUUGUUUCUGUUUCGUUUCUUUGUUGAUGCAAGUUCUCUGCUUCACAAGUGGAUGACUGCUUGUCGUCGUAUCCUUCCUUGAACACAAGAACGAUGAAGCAAGACGUCCAACAACGUGCACCAUGCAACAAACACAAUGAUGAUGUGAU